AUGUCGAAAGCAAAUGUAGCUUUUCCGAAUUCCUCCAAGAUCGUAAUGAACACUGAAUUCAAAAUUGCCUGUUUUUUAGAUCAUGACUUCAGUCUAGAAUUUCCAAGCCGUCAGAAGUCUAAAUCAGCGUAUUCAACUGUCAGGAUAAAUGGAGACAAAGACAUCGAUGCUCUCACGAUAUGCUUAUGGUUGAAACCAUCCUUGGGCUCGGAUCUUGGACUUCUACGCUAUUUUGAUGAAGCGGGGUCCGAUGUAUAUUUUGCAUUGAGGCUAGGUUCUGUUGGGCAGAUAUGGCUUUCGAUCCACGGUGAAGAUAGAGAACUAGAUAUCAUGCCUCAAAUCCAGAACGGCGAAUGGCAUGGACUAUGUGUCACAUGGAGCAAAGAUGGUGGCCAUUUUCUGAUUUACUACGACGGUCGGUUAAUUAGAAGUGAAAGUGAUUUCAAAUCCGGAAAAUCAUUUUCCUCGAAGAAUACCUUCACUUUGGGAAUCGGAGCGGAGGAAAAGUUUAACUACACCGGUAUGUUAGGGCAUGUAAAUAUAUGGCCACGCAUUUUGGAGCACCCUCUCCUUUCAGUUCUUUCUUCCAAGUGUGGGGUAGAACGCGGAGGACUUGUUUCUUGGCCUCAGUUCCAGAAGGAUCUUCGUGGUGUUAAUUUGGGAGAAUCCUGUUCUUCUAAUGAAGUUCAUAUAACGCAUGAAGUGAAGCACUGGAAGCUUAAUGGAGAGGAUCAAGAUCUGAACCCGCAGUAUAGCACUGUAUUCUUGGAAGGUCGCCUUAAUGGUCACAAAGCUGUUUAUCUUGAUCAAACAAUGGCCUACAUUAAAGCCCCACCCGUUUCUUUUGGCAUGGCAUUCACCAUGACAUCCUGGGUAAAACUUCUUUAUUCCGCCCCGAUCUACAGACCAAUUCUCAGCGUCGAAACAAACAGCACAGAUAAAUUUUCCAUCGGUUUUAAUGCUGAUAAUCAGCUGCUGCUCGACAACUGGUCCCAGGGAGUUUACAACAUCACAAAAAGCUAUGCCUUACUUCCGGCGAACGAGUGGAUCCACGUGACUGUAACCUGCAACCAAGAUAGGGUGUUGUCGUUUUUUGUCAACGGAAUGAAGGAUAUAUCUGUAGCUGACGUAUGGCAGGGUCCAAGAAGCGGCGCGUUCGAAAUAGGCAGAUACAAAAAUAUUAGUGAAGACAAGCAUCGGUACUUUCAUGGUUUUCUCAGUGAUCUCUUUGUUUUUUCGAGAGCUUUGAAAGCAGAUGAAAUCGGACGAUUGAUGGGCUUUUCGAAUCCUUGUACUUUCUCGAAGUGGAGCUCUGAUGCUUUGACACCGCAACAAACACCAAUAGAGAAAUAUCGUUACAAAUAUUGCCCAGGUAUUGGGGAAUGUAAAGAAGUGCGAAAGUGGAAACCAGCUGACUGUCGAGAAGUGCUGUUGUCGGGAAAUAAGACCAGUGCUAAGUACGCGAUAAGCCCCUUAAACAACCACGAAGAAUUCGAAGUUUUCUGUGACCAGGAAACGCAAGGUGGUGGCUGGACAGUCGUUCAACAAAGAAUUAAUGGGUCACUGGGCUUCGAUAGAACAUGGGAUGAAUACAAAGCUGGUUUUGGAACGGUAGGCGGCCAAUCAGAAAUGUGGCUGGGUAAUAAUAGAAUUCAUAGCUUAACGACCCAGAAAACUGAGCUUUUGAUCGAAUUGAAAGCGUUCGAUGGAACUGAAGGAUUUGCCUACUACGGCCAUUUUCACGUGGCUGGUGAGGAUCUUUCGUAUAAGCUAUCUGUUGGCGGUUUUUCAGGGAACAUUCCUGAUAAACUAGGAUUGCAUAACACUUUUAACUUUUCGGUGACUGAAUGCGGAGAUGGAACUUCAUCUUCGGGUUGGUGGUUCACUCCUUCUUGUGGCGAGGCUCUGUUAAACUCUGAGUAUGGACAUGAAACUGGUUCUAUGAUCUGGAGUGAUUUUCCGUAUACUGACGCCCAUAAAGGCAAAAUAAAGAAGACCACAAUGAAAAUAAGAAGGAAAGAAGAUCAUUUUGGAGACUACACUCUGAAGUUCUCAGAGAGGAGAGAAACCUUAAGCAUCGUCACCUUUCCAAUCAUCUUGACAGAGUUCCAGGCCUUUACCUCAUGUCUCUGGUUAAAAGUGCGACCUCCAACAGUUCCUAGACCAAUGAAUCUGCUACGAUAUGCAGAACAGGACGGAAACUUCAGUAUGGACUUAAGACCCGAUGGCAAGGAAUAUAAGAUCAUUUUAUCGAUUUGGCCAAGCACCCAAAGGUUUAAUAAACAAGUCAAAUAUCCUUCUCUGGAUGGAGGCUGGCAUCAUGUUUGCACAUCCUGGACUUGCGUAGAUGGACGAGGUGCAAUUUACAUAGACGGUUCUCAAACAUCCUUCAUUGACAUUGGUAACGGGACGAAGUUCCCUGGUGGUGGGACAGUUUUCAUUGGAAGUAUACAUGUACUGGACCCGCCUCAGCUAGAAGGGGAGAUCACAUACAUGAAUUUAUGGGAUAAAGUACUGUCGAAUGCUAGGAUCGAAAAUCUUGCGCUCUCUUGUAGCGCUGAAGCUGGGAACGUUUUACAAUGGAGUCUUUUCGCAGCCAUGUCGGUGGGAAAUAUACAGGUCGUUCCCUUUUCUGCGUGCAGAGAAAAAGAGAUGUAUUAUUGGAACUUUAACCAAUUAAGUUACUUGCAAAGCUUCGACGAGAACAAAAAUCACCGCGCCGAGUUAACUGGAGCCCAGAUAUCAGCUGACCAAAAAUAUUUUGUGAUCGAAGAUCAAGGAAAGUUUCAGGCGGAAAAUUUGAGCUCAGAACUCAGUGGUGAAAAUGGAUUUACGGUUUCAUUCUCAGCCAGGCAGACAGCUUUAGCCUCAAACAUACUUAAGGAUGACUUCAAAUCUCUUGAGGUGCUCCGCAAAGCAUUUCCUGAUUUCCUUCGUGACCAUGCAACGUGGAAACGUUGUUACUACGCUAACCAGUCAUCCUGGAGCACUAAAGAAUUUCACACCGAGUGCGAUUAUAGGGGACCAACAUUAACUAUCAUACGUGUCCGAGAAUAUGUUUUUGGAGGCUUUGUUGACCAGAGUUGGGGAGGAAAACCAGCAGACAUUGGACGUCAGAUAGAAGGAUUCCUGUUCAGCCUGUCAAACCCGUUUAACCUGGCCCCUCGAGUCCUAUCAAUCCAGCAUGGCUACGCAUCCGGAAGAACAGAUCCACUGCUUGGUCCAAGUUUUGGAGAAAGGGAACUUGAGCUCUUUGAAGACAAAAAUGGCCGAAUCAUGGGAUACAGCAGUUUGGGUGCUUCUUUUGAUCUGAGGAAUGUUUCAUUGCCUUCUCAUGAAACUCGUUAUUACUUAGCGGGCUCUCAGCAUUUUUAUCCAAACCAAGUGGAAGUUUUUUAUUACCAUGUUCCUUCUACGCCAUUAGGUCUAGAAAAUCAAAUAUUACCCGACAAGUACCUGAGUAGCUCAUCACAACUCAAUAACAGCACUGGUCCUUAUCUUGCUCGCUUAAACGAGCAACGCGACUCGAAGGCGUGGUGUUCAACCGGCCCUAAUGAAUGGUUGGAAGUGUUCUUGGGAAAACAAUACACCCUGACGCACGUGGCUCUGCAAUCGAUUGGUGGAGGCGUGGACGUAUCGGAAUUGAAAGUUCAGUAUGAAAAGACUAAGGAUGGAACCAGUUGGACAAAGUAUAGCAAGGAGAUUGACGGAAAAGAAAUUUCUAAGGUACUUCGCUUCAAUUUUCCAUCAGCUGGGUUUUUGAUGAAGGAAGCGUUCAUUCCAUCUUUCCAAGCCGUCAAGGUUCGAUUCUAUCUUACUGAAACGAGAGUACAGUGCAUCAAAAUGGAACUUUAUUCCUACGAUGCAGGUUGCUCUCAGCCUCAUGGAGUUGAAAAUCGGACGGUAGUUCCAGAUGAACAACUAACAGCAUCCUCAACCGAAGUUUCUGAUAAAUACAAACAAGAUUACUUUUGGCCAAACAAAGGUCGGCUAAACCACGAUGAGGAAGGGGCAAGUUCCUGGGGACCUUACAAGCAUCCAGUCCAUUUGUUCGAGGGAAUCUGGUUUCAGGUCGAUUUAAAGGAAGAAACAGAAGUAACAUGUAUUGCAACCCAAGGAAGGCCAACACACAUCCAGUGGCCAACGAAAUAUCAAAUUGCGUACAGUUAUGAAGGAAAUGACUGGAAGUAUUUUGAAUAUAACAAUGGAGUAAAGGAAUAUGAUGCAAAUUCAGAUCAACACAUGGCAGGUACAAACUGGUUGGUUCCAUCCAUAUAUGGAAGAUUUUUUCGAGUAUAUAUCACUCAGUGCAAUAUGGACUGCAGAUUGCGAAUGGAAUUGUAUGGUAGAAGAGAUUCGAGCAAUAGCAUCUGCUGGUUUAAGAAUGGCCUAUGUUUCAUCGUCCGACGUGGGCGAUACCACAUUUUCUUCGCCAAAGAAAACUAUCGAUGGGAAAUACGCCAUAAAUUGAUUGUAAACCAAUGGUUCGAAGCCACUGUCACCUGGAAGCCUCAAGAGGGUCUAAAAUUUUAUGUCAACGGUAAUCUGGUAGCAUCACAUAAGAAUCCAAUGCAAAUGAGCGUUUCCCCUGACCAUGAACCGUUCAAGCUUCUCAUAGCUUCAAAGGAGAAUGGAGGUGGGUGGAGCAGAGCGACUUCUAUUGAUGAUGUCGCGGUUUGGGGAAUGGCGAUGACCAAAGAGCAAAUUAAACGCAAGUCUGAAGUUCAUUUCGACUUUGACGAUAACUCUAGAGACUGGAAAUCUUUACUAGAUGGCACCAGUUCCUGGAAACUACACCAAGGAUGCACUAAAACGUCGGGUACUGGGCCAUGCGACGAUGUUUCUAGAGGAGGUCGCUAUAUUUAUUUUGAUGCCUCGCAAUCUAAAGGAAAAGCCAGGUUUUCUACUCCCUACAGUAUCCACUCUCAUACGUGUCUGAAAUUUCAUUAUCAUAUGACUGGUAUGCAUACAGGGAGGCUAAAUGUUUAUACGACAGAUAUCAGGGGUAAAGAACAAUUGCUGUGGAGGCUCUUUGGAGAACAGGACAAUAUAUGGAGAGAGGCCAGUAUCCCAGUCAACGGUAUUCAUCAACAAUAUCAGGUCAUUUUUGAAGCGGUUGGUGGUCCAGAUCACUUAGGAGAUUUAGCAAUAGAUCAGAUUGUGUUUACCAGAGAGUCGUGUGUCUUCUCGCCUUUUUCAGCAAUGCCCCAGAAUUCGUAUCGCUCAGGAGUGGUUAUCACCUCCUCUAUAGUUUCAAUGGACACUAUUUACCAUCAAUAUCUUGGUUUGAUGGUGGAAGAAGAAGGUUAUGGCUCUUCCCGUUGGAUUCCUUGUUACCGCGCUCUUGAUAAUGGCUGGAACGUUUCUACCUUUCACAGGCUCUGUGACGAUAAAGGUCCUACCAUGACCAUAAUCAGAAAAAGAAAUAACGUGUUUGGGGGCUUUACUGAACGAAGAUGGAGUGAAGGCCAGGACAAUGACCACUCCAGUUAUGAUUUCCAUUUUUGGCGCAAAAACGUUGCGGACUGUGUCAAAACCGCUAUACUACCUCUCACGUCAUCGCCAAUUUCUAGUUUCACAGCCUCGUUUUGGAUUAAAACCUCAGUUAAGUCACCAUUAAUAGUGUUCUCUAUUAAGCAAACAGGCAGCCGCAUGCAUUUAAAACUGGAUUCUACCGACUCAUUCUCUCUUUGUUGGAUCAGUUCCGUUGAUAAAUGCAGUACCAACAAAGGCAGCAUCUCCUUUGUGAUUAACGAUGGCUCUUGGCAUCAUAUCACGGUUGUAUGGCAUGGCAGUUCAAAAUCGUGGACGUUAUUCUCAGAUGGUGUGAACCGAGGAAGACAAACUAAAAACAAUUGGAACGAAUCCCUUGUGUUAAGCUCGGCUACUCUAUUUAUCGGAAGGAAGCCGAACAAAGAUUCAUCCAAGCUAUUUUCUGGCAGAAUUACUCAGUUUAACAUGUGGGACCAUGAGUUGGAGGAAGAAAAAAUCACAAUGUUAGCACGCGGUUGUAAAAGUGAACCGGGGAAUAUGAUCCAGUGGAGCAACCUUAGGAGCAAAGUUGAGGGAGAGCUGAGGAUUGUGGAGCCGUCUUCGUGUUCGUCCUCGAACUACAGAACGGACACCAAAGCGUUCAUCUUCUUAUUAAACUACACAUCUGAUAGGACCCUCUUCAAAAAAAAAGUAAGCGAAGAAUCAUCGGCCUUUGCAAUCUACAGCUCACCGUUCACUGGUCCAACCUUCGGAGAGUCUCCGUUUGAUUUUCAGAUAGGAAUCGAUGGCGACAUGAAGCAAGGGACGAGUCAACACGCUGUUUCUUACAAAGGAGAUGGAAACUUUAAGGGAUCCAAACUGGAAACUCUGCUUGCUGGGGCGUCAAAUUUUAAUGUUAACGAUGUGGAGGUGUUAUUUAGAGCUCAGGGAGCGUCCCUGUGCUCUGAUCAUUGUCCAUUUUACCAUUAUUGUGACGAAAUAACAGGCAUUUGUCAAUGUACAAACAAGGAUCCUGAAUUAUGUCAACUCGUAAAGUUUUACGAGAAUUCUUCCCAUCUGUGGUUGCUUGAAUCAGUGGAAGAUAUCAAAGAUCUCCGCGCACCUGGCUGGGGGCAAAUUAAGGGAGGAGUUAGUUUUUCUGGCGAUGGCUUGGUGACAGAUGGAGUCAACGGUGAGGUACUACUGAACCAUGAGGGGAACACUUGCGCAACAAAGUCUGCUUAUGCCAAUUGUGAUGAUCCUGGUUUCACCGUAUCGUUGUCAUUAAAGCCUUGGUACAAAACCGACGGAGCGCGACAGACUUUUUUCAAAUCCCGCGGCAAGUUCAUUGUUUAUCAGGAAAGAGGGAAGAAAUCCUUGAUUAUCCGUGUGCAGGGUAGUGCUCAGUAUUGUCUGAAAGAAAUAGCGAUGCCUGAAAAAAUCUGGUCUCAUUUGGCUUUCACGUACAAACCAUCUGGGCCAAAAACACUUACAAUUUAUAGGAACGGGAAAAGAAUCGAUGAAUUUGUCAGAGAUGAAGGUUGUGAAAUGGACGGGAAGCCAGAGUUUUCUUCGUCUAAUAUGUCAUUGGGCUCUGAAGGAGGAGUGUUCGCCAAGGCUCAUUAUUUUCUCAUUGCCAUUUGGAGACAGGUUUUGUCUGAAGAAAGAAUAGCACAGAUUUAUCGCGGCAUCCAAGAUUUGGUUCCGCUACGUUGCCGAGUUGUGGCUCGAAUAAAAAAUCAGCCUUGGAAUGAAGAUCUUACCUCACCAGAAACAGAUCCAUACAGAUCAAUGAAGAAUUACAUCAUAAGCAAUGUCACCAGGUUUUAUGAGGGAGUCCGGGUUUCUGUUAACGUAAACGAAUUUAGGAACGGUAGCGUGAUUGUAGAUUUCACCAUCGUUUAUAACGUUAGCGACUACAGAUGGAUUGAAAAACUUAAACAGAGCAUAUCAUCCACGGGUCUUCUGUACAACAUGCCUCUGGAGCUGGAAGAACUUACAGCUGAAAACGUUCCAGAAGUUGCCCCUACAAAUGUAAGCGUGUUUCUUGUGGAAGAUACAAGAAUUCACAUCAGAUGGAACAAUCUUAGCCUCCCACCGAGUAUUUCCGCCAUAUUCCAGGGCUAUAAGGUUUUCAUCAGACCAGCGGGAAGCGCAGACGUCAUAGUUACCACCGUAAAUGACCUCGUUAACUUCGUUACUAUAGAAGGACUAGAACCAUUGGUAACAUAUAACCUAACUGUGGCUGGAUACACACAGAGUGGAGUUGGAAGGGAAAGCGAGAGUCUUUCUGUAACCACCACUUUAGACGAUCCGCCUGAAAAUGUAUCGGUAGAACAAGGGAAAUCAAAUUGUGUUCACGUUCAGUGGGGCGGCCUUUCACCUGAGAAAUUUGCUGCAUUUGAUGGCUAUCGUGUGUUCUAUGCCUUGUUCAGCCACCCAACGUUUUCUUUGAACAAGACAGUAAAUGCAUCGACACAUUGGGUGGAGAUCUGUAAUCUUGAAUCGUCAAUGAAGUAUAAGUUUUAUGUACAACGCAUCCUACGAAUAGAUAUGGGGAAUACGAGUGACGUUAAAUACUUCACGACAGCGGGGUUAAUGCGCUUUCCACCGACCGAUGUGGUAUGCCGCAAUACCAGUUCCACUUCUAUCGAGGUAAAGUGGGAGCCACCGUCUGUCGAAGUCAACAGCCUCGAAAUUAUUGGUUACGAGUUACAUUUCAGGCCUCGCGGCCGUGUAUCUGAGCUGUGGAGGACCUUUCGUACAUGCAAAAGUAUCUUGAAUGCCACUGUAACAUCAUUGGAGAAAUUUAUGGAAUACGACAUCAGGGUGGCUACCUUCGACACAAAUGAGCGCGGAAAUUUUAGCAAAAUUGUAAGGUGCUUUACGGAUGAGGACGUUCCACUUGGUAGCCCUGUUAACAUUUCAGCUCAAAACACAAGCUCUACAAGUAUAAAAAUCAGUUGGAAACCAGUCUCCGAAACUUUACGUCUUGGAAUAAUCAGCAAAUAUGUAUUCAACAUAACAAACUUAUUGACAGGUGACCUAAGAACGAUAGAAUUUGAUGGAUCAAGCUUGAGCGGUGAAGUAAGAAAUUUGUCCAAGUUUCAAGAAUACAGCAUCCAAGGAGCUGCAGUUAACAGUAAAGGCCAAUCAAAUUUCACGAGUGCGAUAACAUGUCGCACGAGCGAAGAUACCCCAGACAUCCCGCCGGCAAACGUGACCGGGUACAACAUAAGUUCUACGUCAAUUGCGGUCGAGUUCCAAAUCUACUCUGCUGAGCAACUCAACGGAAUCAUCCGCCAUUAUGUCUUAAAGAUUUUUAAAGCCAAUGCAGUGAAUUCUACCGUGCGAACAGAGUUCUUUCCCACUCAGACAAAGAGAAAACAUAGAGAAGUCUCCAACACCACUUAUAGUGUCAGGGUAACACUGGAGGAUUUGGAAGAAUACACCAUGUAUUCCAUGCAAGCAGCCUUUUUUACUAUCAAAAAAGGACCAUAUAGUGCUGUUUUCAAUGUCUCUACGGACGAAGGAGUUCUUAAAGCUCCUCCCUAUCGAUUAACGGCAUCCAAUAGCAGUUCAUCGAGCAUCAUGGUUCGAUGGGAGCUUUUAACGCCAGCAAGUGUCCCUGGGAUUUUACUGGGUUAUGUGCUGCGGAUAGAAAAAGCUGACGAUUCAGAUACAUCAAACUUCACAGUAUUUAAAAUCGACCCCUUAAUCAACCAAAAGAACGUGACAGAGUUAGAAGUUUAUACACUGUACAUUAUAUAUGUAGCGGGAUAUACACGGAAAGGAAAUGGUUCCUUUCGUGCGGCACAGAGCUGGACAGACGAGGGAGUGCCUCAAGGCCCUCCUAGCAACGUGACAGGAAGUCCUACUGGCACCAACAGCAUCAAACUUUCUUGGCUGCCAGUGUCGAAAGAACUUCAGAAGGGCAUAAUCCGAGGUUACCAGGUAAAGAUUUACGAUGAAGAGGGAGAAUAUUUGCGAAAUUCUACAAUACUCAGCCGUAAUCUCUCCGCAUCUUUCGCGGGCCUUUACCAAUAUUCCAACUACAGUCUGAAGGUUCGAGCCUUCACCAGGAAAGGAUUUGGUCCUUGGAGUUCAUUGAUCAAUGUUUCCAUCGGUGACCCAGCUCCCCAAAAGACUGCCACGGACGUAAAGGCUCUGGGUACGAGCGCCUCCACAAUUGACGUAACCUGGAGUCCAAUCUCUGGGUUAGAUGCGCAAUCUGUUCAAGGUUAUCGAGUUUUGCACUUCACCAGAGCUUCUCCGAGUCAAAGUAAGGUCACCGCAGUGGGCAGGAAGGACACUCAUGUCACUAUAACUGGCUUAAGUCCCUUUACUGCGUACGGGGUGCAAAUUGCAGCUUUUAGCAUAACAGACGGUAAUUACACACUGCCAGUUUACGCCCAAACGUGGGAAGGUGCCCCCUCAGCACCUCCCUCCAACAUCCGCGUGACUGCCUUCCAUUCCCAAAGUCUCUUGGUGUCAUGGCUCGACGUCCCCACGGAACACCGCAAUGGCAUAAUCAGAGGAUACCGCCUGACAUAUACCAACGUCAGUAACAGAACUGGCCCAGUGAUAACGGAAAGAGCCUACUCAGUGGUUUUGACUCAGCUGAGCAAAGCAACGGAGUACAGAAUUUUACUUUGGGCGUUUAACAGUGCUGGAGACGGGGUGUCGGGCUCAGUUGUUGCAAAGACAGGAGAAGAUGUACCAAGUCGACCGCCUUCAAAAAUAAUAGCAAAAAACCACACGAGUCUUACAGAAAUUCCCAUUUCCUGGGAACCAGUCCCUCAAGAAUUCAUACACGGUCGUUAUGUCGGUUACCGAGUAACUUAUCAAGCUGUUUCUAUUGGAGACCUGCCCGCGUAUUUCGAGCCAGUGAUGAGCAUCGACGUUGGGAAUGAGAACACUUCUAUGAUACUUCGAGAUCUGGAACCACUUGUAGUGUAUAAAAUAACCGUGGCAGCCAUAUCGAACCAGGGACCUGGACCCAAGGGUGUCACAUUUGGAGAAACAUGCCGUUGCCAUAAGCAUCUAACGACAAACUGGAGAAAUUACCCUCCCUAUGUCAAUCUGAUGUCUAUAAGCAGUCCUGGCGUUAUCAUACCACGCCUUCUCGAAGAAGUAAUCAAUGAAUGCUGUGGCGAGUGCCGUGCACAUGGAAAAUCAGAACUGGACUUCAGCCGCAUUGGAAAUAAUGGGACUUCGGAGCAAAACAGGUCAGAGUAUCUUCUGGAAAAUAUUGAUAACCAGACGGAUUUUUCCUUUCCGGUUAACGGCUACAGGUUGCAGAACAGUUACAGGGGAGGAUUGGGGUAUUCACCGUUUGUUGAGUCUGCUGGGGUGGCGUUUCUGACUUUCCAGGAUUCCUCUGAUGUGAAGCACGCCAUGUUUGUAACGCUCAUGGCGUGCUGGCCUGUUGUGGUGCUAUCUUUGGUGAUGGCUUAUAUUGCGGGGCUGAUAAUGUGGUUACUGGAUACAAAAUCUAAUAAUCAACAUUUCCCUACCUCUUUUAUCCACGGAGCCUGGGAAGGAGUGUGGUGGUCGUUCGUAUCUAUGACAACCGUUGGCUAUGGUGACCGUUCCCCAAUCGGCCAAUUGGGUCGCAUUUUUGCUGUGGGUUGGGUGUUGACAGGUCUCGUCAUAAUCGCAAUAACCGUGGCGGCUUUAACAACAGCGCUGACAGAAAUAACUGCACAUAGCAAAACCACAAUAUAUGGAUCCAAGGUUGGAGCAAUUCAAGGUUCUCCUGAAUACUAUCUUGGAAUCAGACGAAAUGCGAUUUUAAACAAAGAGAAAAACUAUCACUCAUUAGAAGAACUCUCCGACGCUCUCAUCAACAGAGAAGUCGAAGGUAUCCUAGUAGAUACAUACGCCGGUGGAAUGCGCCAAGAUCUCUUUUCUAAGCCUUCAAUUCGAGUGACCCAAAUCGUUGAUUAUCAAACCGCGUAUGGGGUAGUCAUAAGAGGAGAUUCGAUGCGCCUUAGAAAGUGUUUCCAUGGUUACAUGCGCUCGCAUCAAGCAGAGAUCUUUCAAUAUGUUGACCAACUUGUCGAACCUAUAAAGGGAUCGGGACUGAGCGACAGGGAAGAUAUUCAAGAUAUCUCGACUGGUUUGUUUGACAAAGAAAGUGACCUUUAUCAAAGCACACUUAUCAUUAUAGCCGCUUGUGCAAUAACAGCUGCUGCCCUGGGGCUCCUCUUUGAAGCAAUCCGGAGACUACGAGAGCGGAAAAGAGUUCACGCCUGCGGUUUGUCGACGGUGAAGGAAAAAAAUAUUGAUGAAAUGAAGUUACUUACGGAAAAAUUCGUUCAACAUAUGGUAAAAACUCUAACUGAGAUGAAAGCAAGACACAUGAGAGAGUUACUGACCUUUGCAAAACUUACGCCACAGAGGAAGACCACGAAGUUGAAUCGUAAAAUGACCGGUUCUGCUACGCUGAGUACCAAAGACGUCGAUGAUAUUUCGACGCUUUAAAGCACAUGAUGGCUAAUAUCUCAAGAUGUUCAGCUUACCAUGCAUAUAUUGAUCUAGAAUGGAGAAAAGAUAAAAUAAAGUGUAUUACUUGGUAGACGAAAAUUUGCUAGGAAUAGUUGCAAGCUAAUUAGAAAUGAGAGUCGAAAUUUUUUUCUGCUUCCCUUCCAUUCGAACUUC